GAAUCAAGGUAGAACUUUCGGGAUUUGAUGGCAAUGGAGGGCCUUGCUAUAUUGGAACAGGAUGCUUUCACCGGAGAGAGACACUUUGUGGGAAGAAGUACAGCAAGGAAUUCAAGGCUGAAUGGAGAUCAGAGAACGAUAGGAACAGCAAACAAAGUUCUAGUGCCCUAGAAGAAUCAUGCAAAUCUCUUGCAAGUUGUGCAUUUGAGAAGAACACAGAGUGGGGGAAGGAGAUGGGUUUGAAAUAUGGCUGUGCAGUAGAGGACAUAAUCACGGGACUGUCUAUAAAAUGCAGAGGUUGGAAAUCCGUCUACUCAUUCCACAAAGGAAGGCCUUCUUAGGCGUUGCUCCCACCACUCUUAUGCAGAACCUAAUACAACACAAGAGAUGGUCUGAAGGAGAAUUUCAGAUUUUCCUAUCUAAAUACUGCCCCUUGGUUUAUGGACAUAAAAGGAUCCCUUUGAAACUUCAACUUUCAUACGGUAUCUACAACCUAUGGGCUCCCAACAGUUUGGCUAUGCUAUACUAUGUUGUUGUGCCAUCCCUUUGCCUCCUCAAAGGCAUAGCUUUAUUUCCACAGAUAUCAAGCCCUUGGGUCCUACCAUUUCCCUGUGUGGUCCUUGCAAGCCGAGCAUACAGCCUAUGGGAAUUUCUACGCUGCGGAGGCACAUUUCAGGGGUGGUGGAAUGAGCAAAGGAUUUGGAUGUUCAAAAGAACAACUUCAUACUUAUUUGGCACCCUUAGCACUGUCUUGAAGCUACUGGGAUUAUCUAAGGCAACAUUUGCCAUAACGGACAAGGUGGUGGAUGAGGGUGUGUCUCAGAGAUAUAAGCAAGAGGUCAUGGAAUUUGGCACGAGAUCACCUAUGUUUAACAUUAUAGCAACACUGGCUAUGCUCAACUUGCUCAGCUGCAUUGGGGCAAUAAAAAGGGUUAUAGUCCAUAACAAGGCCGUCGACCUACUUGCUUUGCAGAUGCUUUUAAAUGGCCUCUUCGUUUGCCUAAACCUACCGGUGUACAAAGGGCUGUUCUUUCGUAAGGACAGUGGCAGCAUGCCUCCCUCAGUAAAACUCUUCUCAAUCAUUUUCGCUCUCUUAGCUGCCACUAUGGCCAUGUACUAAAUUACCCUAAUCACAUGUUAAGAUCAAAAAAAGGUACCUGCUCCCACAGCAAAUGUUUUAGGUUAAUAAAGACUUCAGUCUCUUUGUACACUUAGCUUUUGCAUGAAAGAAGGAACUGCUACACUAUCAAGGAGUAAGAACAAUACACUCAACAAAGUGUCUUCCUGCUACACUUCAACUUUAUAACUUGGAACAUCACACUCUUGCAGCUGGCCUGCAAAAAAUGAGUUAUCACAGGUUAUGGAAUGCAAAUAUGGAAAUUGCACUUUGGGUAAUACACGCGGCAGAAUUUAGAGGGCUUACAUGAGUUUAACGACAAGUGCAGUGGCUCCUCCUCCUCCAUUGCAGAUUCCACCAACCCCAUGACUUCCCAUUUUUUUUUUUUUUCUCGACAAUAGAAACAAUAAUUAGAAAUUAGUAUCUGUUCAGUAAGCAGGAAGACUCAAACGUGGGUGAUCUCCACCUAUUCCUCAUAGACGAGCGCAGCCCAACCAGUGGGUCGUGUGGGGGAGUUCGGCUUUUUCUUGUUUUUUUAAAUGGUCAUAGCGGCACAAUGAAUUAUUGGGCAUUCA